AAAGAGGCAACGUGGCAACGCGACAGCGUCUUGGACACUUGGCCUCGUGUCGUUCUCGCGUUGCAUUUUUCGUACACCUCCGUUGUCGUGACGUCGAUGCGAGAAAAAAGGUAAAAGAUCGAAUUUAAUGUCGCAUGUUGUCACACCUCGACGUUUCGUAAACCCAUUCGUAGACAGUGACCGCGAACGUUAGUGAAAGGUUAUGUGUCCACGAUGAUCGCGUCAUCGGUGACGCUCCGAAGUCUAUCAACGUGAAUUUGCUGUUUUCAUUCCGGGAAUCCACUCCGGGAAUCGUCAAUGCGUCGUCCUGACGCCGCGCGCGUCUAUUCGUCCACGAUAUGCGGUGACGAGUGGGCGACUCUAACCUAACGGGUGAUAACCUUGAGGAUCCCACACCCAGCGGUGCGCGAACGUGGUGCGAGAGCGUAAUUAUUCAUUGUUGAUCGACCCCGUGUAUGGAUGUCAGCAUGAGACGGAAGCUGGAAAAAGAGGAUCGACCGACGGAGGAUGGCGUCGUCGACUCGAGCAGUAACCAAGAGCCGUCCGAUCUGCGCGGAGACGAAAGGAACAUCGCGAUCCUGUUCUUCCUGUACCUACUGCAAGGUAUCCCGCUGGGACUGUGCGGCUCCAUCCCCAUGCUGUUGCAGAACAGAGGAGUUUCUUAUCGGCAACAGGCGGAAUUUAGUUUUGUACAAUGGCCGUUUUCGUUAAAACUCUUUUGGGCACCCAUAGUAGAUUCCAUUUUUUCCAAAAAGUUUGGAAGGAGAAAGACUUGGCUGAUUCCCACGCAGUAUUUAAUGGGCAUAUUUAUGCUUCUUCUAUCAAAUUACGUGGAUCAUUGGUUGGGUAAGGAGCAUGAAAAGCCCAACAUUGAAAUGCUGACUGCAUUAUUCUUCUCCUUGAACGUACUCGCGGCGACUCAAGAUAUUGUAGUGGAUGGAUGGGCGCUUACAAUGCUUAAAAGGUGCAAUGUUGGAUAUGCAUCCACAUGUAACAGCGUUGGUCAAACGGCAGGCUACUUUAUUGGCUAUGUCUUAUUUAUUUCGUUGGAAUCCACUGAAUUUUGUAAUAGCUACUUAAGGUCGACCCCUUCAGAUGAAGGCAUAUUAACUCUACCUGGAUUUUUAUAUUUCUGGGGCUGGACAUUUAUCGUCACAACAACGUUUAUUGCAUUAUUCAAACAUGAAGAUAAAGGCAGAAUUUCAAAAGGCGAAGAACUAAAUAUGGAUAUUAAGCACGCAUAUAAGCUGUUAUGGGAAAUAGUUAAAUUACCAUCUAUAAAGACCACUAUUAUAUUUCUCUUAACUGCAAAGAUCGGAUUUUCAGCAUGUGACGCUGUAACCAGUUUAAAGCUUAUAGAAGCUGGUUUUCCCAAAGAGAAGUUUGCUUUUAUGGCCGUGUUCAUGAUACCGUUACAAAUAAUUUUACCAUUGAUAAUCUCGAAAUAUACAGCUGGACCCAAACCUAUGGACGUUUACAUGAAAGCUAUGCCUUAUAGGCUGGCUUUCGGCGUGAUAGCGGCGUCUUUGGUGUGGGUUACACCGUUUAUCGUAAUUAAUGGAUAUGUUCCAGCUUAUUAUUUAGUGAUAUUGAUAGGCCUCUUCUUUAUACAUCAGAUUUCUGCAAGUAGUAUGUUUGUGGCGUCAAUGGCUUUCUUCGCGAAAGUGAGCGAUCCAGCAGUUGGCGGCACAUACAUGACAUUACUGAAUACUUUGUGCAAUCUUGGUGGAAAUUGGCCCGCCACGGCUGCACUUUGGUUUGUCGAUCCCUUGACAUUUAGACAGUGCAGUACCGACUACGCAAAUGACUGUAGCACAAUUACGGAGAGAGAGCUCUGUGCGAAUACCAAUAAUGGCGUUUGCAUUAUGCAGCUUGACGGUUAUUACAUAGAGAGCAUUCUCUGCUUAAUCAUAGGUUUCUCCUGGCUUAGGUGGGGUCGUAGAAAAAUUAAUAAAUUACAGGCGGAACCGAUGUCCGCUUGGAAAAUCGUACUUACUCGUAACAGAUAUUUCAUAGAAGUUUUGUAAAACAGACGAAGACAUGUGCGACCACAUCGUUCGCAGUUUCUAUUGUAAAUAUAUCUAAAAUUAUUUUAUGCAUAAAGAGUACGCAUGACGAAUAUUUAACGCAGGAUGUUAAUAAAAAUUUUUUGUAUAAAAAGUUGAA